AUUGAUAAGAUUUAUCUAUUCUAACCUCAAUUUAAACUGUCAUUGAGACAAAAUUUUGUUAACAUGUCUGAUUAUGAUAAAAGCAAGGAUGUUCGACGAAGACGAUAUUAUUCGUCCCAAAGGGAUCGUGAUAAUCCCAGUUACUUGAAUCUUCCUCGUCGAGGAUUGUAUAACAAAUAUGAACGCGAAAAUUCCAGAGAAUUUGAUAGGAAUACUAACGAUGCCAAAGAGAAAUCAAUGCCCCAACCUACAAUCCUUUUAAAAAAUCGAGAAAGUAAUCAAACACGGGCUGUGUCACCAAAAAGAGUCACACCUAGUAUAAAAGAACCUGAAUCAUCGACGCCACAACCGAAACAAAUUCAAAAAUCUAAGUCUUCAUCAGUAGAUUUGUCGCAAUCAUUAUGGUGUCCUCCGUACAUGAAGCACAGUGUUCCAUUGAUAGAUGAAAAUUUCAUGUUUGUGGAAGACGUUCAAGAAUAUCUACAGGAUAAUUCAUCAGACUUUCUAGUGGUUGGAAUAAUUGGUAAUCAAGGUGUAGGAAAAUCAACAAUUAUGAAUAUGUUAAUAGAUGAUAACAUUCAUAAAAUAAGUGAUUACAAAGAACGAGAGCGUAGUGGCAGUACUUCGGACGGCUCAAAGACCAAUGACAUUGAAUUAAAUUUAAAAAAUAUAUCUGAGAAUUUUUCAAAUUUAAAUGUUCAGCAUAAAGGUAGUACUGAAUUAUUAAAUUGUGGAAGUGAUGAAGCUUUUUUUAAAGUACAAUCGAUACACGAACUUGAACGCGGUAUUCAUUGCACAGUCGGUUUAAAUGCUUAUAUUACACCAAAUCGAACAAUUCUCCUGGAUUCUCAACCAAUUUUAUCAGUAUCAAAUUUAGAUGAAAUGAUACAAACAGGUUCAGCGGCUACCGCAGCUGGUGAAAUAAUUUCCACAGAAAAUUCUAGUGAAAUUCAAUCAUUGCAAUUAGCAGCAUUCCUUUUAACCGUAUGCCAUGUGGUAAUUGUGGUUCAAGAUUGGUUUUUUGAUCCUAAUGUUAUAAGAUUUAUACAAACUGGUGAAAUGUUAAAACCGAGUUUAACUACUGCUGGUGAAGAAGAAUUAAAUGAACAUUCCCCGCAUUUAUUGUUGCUUCAUAAUAAAGCUCGAGUUGAGGAUUUUAAUCCUCCACAGUUUAAAAUCAUUCAGCAGACAUACCGGUCGCUAUUUAACAAAUCCAAAUUGAAAUUAGAUACUGGAUUAGGGAUUGGAACUGGAAAUAUACUCCAUAGUCUUUGUUCUAAAACUUGCGGAGAACCUUUAAAUAUUUUCUUAUUGCCAAAUACAGAAGAAGAAGAAGAUGAAGAAGAACAAGAUCCAAUUGUAUAUCGUGGUUACCCGAAAUUAGAUCAAUUGAUUUAUAAAUUAAAAUCGAAAAUACAAGGUGCAACACGUAAUCAAUUAACGCAUGCUCAGUUAUCGGAAAAAGCGUGGCUUCAUUAUGCUUCGAAAGCGUGGGAAGGUGUUAAGAAAAGUUCUUUUUUUGUCGAAUAUAAUAAAUUAUUACCAUAA